GACCCCACAAAUACUGGCCGGCUAUCAGUCAAAAUAACAAGGUGAAAACAGUGCUGUAACAGUUAUCGAGUGGUUGUUAAAGAAUCAACAUCGAAGACCGACGAGAAAAUCGUCACUUGUCGCUUCGUUCAUGAGGUGCAAGCCAUUUUCUUCUGUAGUGGAAAAGAAACAGAAACGACUUUUCAAAAAGAUUAACGGGAUUUACCGGGAGCUAAAAAGAUGGCCCAACCUCUCCACGCACACCUGAUCCUAAGCAGCCCACUCUGGCGUCCUGAGACGGUCCCUACCGAGUUGCCUCCUCCACCGUCGGCCCAACAUCUCGCCGAGCAGGAGCAGAACUUUAAACUGGACUGCAUCCUGGUGGAGAAACUGCGCUACAAAUGGUCACCGGACAUCAUCCCCAAGUAUGAUGCGAUGCGGGACCCGUACGCACGUCAUUACUUCAAGUCGCCGGUGGUGCAGUCCCUCUUACGACGGACGCUGGACGGUGCGGAUGGCGGUAGGCCUUCCCCCGUCAACCCGAGAUCCCGCGCAUCCAUCAAGCACGCCAACAUCAAGCCCGCAUUCUCCCUGAAUCCGCCCACUCGGCAGUCACCGAGUAAGCCUCAGCCCCAGCCCCAACACAGCUCGCAGCCUUCAAGGCUCAGUCUGAACACACUCUCGGGUAGGCACCGAGCCCCAGCCACUCCGACGGACGAGACCCUGGCAGAUAAACGAGAGAGGUACUGCAUUGAUAGCGUGCUAGCCACCAACCAGGUCACUAGAUACAAGCCGCUGAUACGGCCCUAUGACGCCGUUGAGGACGCUCAUGCCAGGGGCUACUUCCAGAAGCCAGGAGUGAAGAGGGUAUUGGCAAUGACACUGGGUGCCGACAAGAGAUCAUCGGAAAAGAUUCAUUCUUGCAAGGUAGUUAUUUAUUAUGAGUGUGUUGUGUAG